GGCAGAGCGAGCCAGUCGCCGGUGCAAACUGUUACAGGAUACUAAUAUUAUUAGAAUGGCUCGACCAACCCACUUGGUGCUGCUCCUGGUCACGCUGGGCGUAGUACAUACUUCCCAGGGUCACGCCCGCUCCUUCACCAGAUGUCAACUGUCCAGAGAACUGCUGCGGUAUAAUUUUCCGAGGAGUAUGAUACCUAACUGGGUGUGCCUGAUUGAGCACGCGAGUGGCAGAACCACAGACAAAGUAACAAACCACAACAACUCGUACACCAGCUACGGACUAUUCCAGAUCAACAACAAGGAUUGGUGCAAGAAGGGACGGAAAGGUGGACAUUGCAAUAUUAAGUGCGAAGAUCUCCUGAACGAGGACUUGGCGGAUGACGUGCGAUGUGCGAAGCGUAUCUACGACCGUGUGGGGUUCAAAGCUUGGCCGACCUCAUUCUCUUAUUGCAAGGAGAACAGUCUGCCUGACUUGUCUAGAUGCUAAGUUUAAGACCUAAGGUAAUAGACAAGUGCCGCUUGAUAUCCAUGAUGA